AUGAAAAAGACGAGCGCGACGGCGAGCGACAAAGUGCUCCAGGACCCGGAAAGAGCUCUGCAACGGGCACAGCACAUUCUCGUCGUGCAGGAUGCGACGGCACCGGGCAGUUACAUCCAUCACCGGGUGCUGCACAUGCUCCAUCGGUACUCGCACGUGCCGAGCACUCUUGUCAUGAACAAGAUCGAUUUGGUGAUGAGGAAGUCCGAUUUGUUGCCUUUGGUUGAGGUGAGCUUCCCAACUUUUCACCAUUAACAAUAUUUUCUAGAAGUGUUUAUCUUGAAAGUUUCAAACGGAUUGGAUUACCUGAUCGCGAGAUGUAUUGAUUUUUGUAUUCUUGCACAAAAUCCAAUUAACUUGAAACUUUUCAGGUAAAUAUAUUGCAUACAAAAACUGACCUGAAACUGAAACUAUUGCAGAUUCUCACAAACGGCCAACUCGCGGACAACCAGCUGAUCGCCACGAAGCCCGCUCAAAUCGGCCGCCUCGGAAAAUCGCUCUCCACGCACACGCCCUCGCCGUCUACCGUAAUCCCGACGGACGAGAAGUGGAAGAGCCGCUUCCGAGAGCUCAUUCAAAAGCCCACGUGGCAAUGCAGUUACGCGGAGACCCGCUCUCUGUUUCGGACCAUUUGCGGAUGGUCCGGAUUCGAACGAGUCUUCUUUGUGUCCUCGUUGACCGGCGAGGGCGUCGAUGAGCUCCGCGAGCAUUUGAUGGGCAUUUCGCCCGAAGGAGACUGGCGGAUGGAGAACGGAAUGCCUACGAGAGAGGUAGAUUCAUUUCUGAUCGAUUUUUGAUCGAAAAAAGUGCGCUCAACCCUUGUCUAGAAUACGCAACUUUGCCCAGACACUAUGUAUGCUAAAUUCAAUUCAAUUCAUUUGCCAAAGACGACCAUGCUUAUAAAAAUCGGGGCUGAGCAAAAGGCAUGAACUUUUGAUUGUCACAUUUGCAGUCGGCCCAACAACUGUGCAUGGACUCGAUCCGCGCCGCCGUCCUCGACACGACCCCAUCGGACGUGGCCUACACUGUGUCGGUCCGAAUCGCCGAGUGGCAGGAGCAGGGAGAAGUGCUGCAGAUUGUCGGAGAGAUUCGGUGUCAGGUAGAACACUUAUUACCUAAAUUCUUCAAAGUUCAAUUCGCCUGUUUUUGGAUUAAAAUUAAGAGAUUUGAGCAAACUUUGAUUUCUACCUGAAAUUUCCACUGAAACUACUCUAUUUCGAGAUAUUUGUCGUUUUCAGAAAGCCCGCGACGGAACGCUAAUAAUCGGAAAGGGCGGUCGACGAAUUUCGGAGAUCGGACGACGUGUCAACGAGCAUCUUCACUCGCUUUUCCAGCGACAAUUGUACGCGAGAAUGAUUGUGACGCACAACGGAAAACUGAUUACACAGUCUAAAUGAUUCACACUCUGCAUUCCUCGUUGUUGUUAUUAUACUCUAGAACUUGUUUUCUCUGUCUUAAUUAAUUCAUAUCGGUCACUUCAUCAUUCAAAAAACCCGUAAUACAUAGGGGGGAAAGAAGGAGCAAAGUGUUUGCGAAGGAAUUCGUGGUGCUCAUUCUGAUCAUUCUGGAAGUGAGUGUGUCCAUUGGAGACGGUUCAUUUAACCCAAGUUGCAGUCUCUCCGCCUCGCCGACUUCAUUGGAGUUCCUCGCCUUCUCACCAAACUCCGCGAGGAACGAUUCAAAUCGAUUCAGACGGAAAUGCAGUACCUCUACGUUCAUCGAUGCAUUCUCGAGUACUUGAUGAUGAUGAUGCAUCCGAAAUCGGAAAUCUUUCAAUAUCUUAUCAGAAUUUUUCCGAAUCCUUUUGGCACGGUGCCAUGA